AUGAGCUCACAAGAGUUAGAACAAUAUUUUACAAAUAUUGAAGAUUUUGUUGGGGACUGCCAAGAGAAAAUUGGCCCUCACCUCAAAUUAUGUCAACAAAUUCACAGAAAAAUCAGAGAUGAUGAGAAGUUAUUCAAAUUAUCCAAACCAAAGCUGGCUCUGUUGCAGCUCUACACAGAUGGCAUGGACUAUGACCAGAUCUGUCAUCAAUUGGCUGCCAAUGAGGAGGAAUUCUUGGCAACAGAUGAAGCCAAUUCCACCUGCAGUUUGGUGAACUUGACAACAGAAUUGAUGUGCCGUAUGGACACGAAUCCUACAGAACUGCAACUCCUUAUAGAUGUGCCUCUAAAAAAUCUAGAAACAACAGGCCAUUCAAGCAGUCAGAACAGUGGAGCUGAUGACAGCGAUAGUGAAGCAGAUGAAAGUGAGGCUAAUGAGAAUGAGGAUAAUGACAGUGAUAAUCUUGAUGGAGAAGAAAGUGAUAUUAGUAAUGGAAGAGAGGAUGAUGAAUUAGAUGAAACAGAACAUGUUAGCGGAGAUGACAGUAAAAGCAGUACUGAUGAAGGGUUGGUGGCAAGUGAUGAUGAUGAAAAUAGUAACUCAUCUGAAAUUGAUGAGCCUGAAGCAUCUAACAAAGUUGAUUCUGAACAAUCCGAUUCCAGUGACAAUGAGGAUUCUAAUGACAGUGAUGACAGUGCAUAUAAUGAGCUUGACAAGCAGCUAUUUGAACAUUAUCUUAAUGAUGAAAAUGACAGUGACAAGGGAGAGGAAGAUGACCCUAUAGAAGAUCUGGCAGGGGCCAGUGAAGUUGACAGUGACGAGGAGAUGCAAGAGGAGCCUGCACAGCAAGAGGAAGAAAGUGGACAAGAAAAAAAAGAUGACUCAGAAAAUGAGGAUGACGUUGACACUCAGAAAAACAAGAAACAGAAAAAGAAAGUGCAUUUUGAUUCUACUGUGACUUCAAAACUAAAUAAAAAUCCGCUGAAGAAGGUUCACUUGCCAACUUUUUCAAGGUCAGAUGUUGAUUCUCAAUUUUUCAGUGUAAGACAGAGUGAAUAUAUUGCUGAUGAGGACAUAAUUGGAGCCGAUAACUUUGGUGAUAUUGACUUCAUGGAAGACAUUCCUGAUGAUGAAGAAGAAAAUGGUGGAGCAAAGGCGACAUAUAAGGAUUUCUUUGAUGAUGCUCCAGCCAUUGAAGAAUCUCAAAGAAUUACUUCAGAAGACAAAGAUGCUGACAGCUGGGGCCUCCAUACUUUCGAUGAAGCCGACCAUCUCGAUAACUCUGAUGCUAACAACUCUGGUGCACAGAGACUUUCAGGAGAAACCACAGAGAGCAACUCAGCCGACCAGGUAAAGUCUCGGUUUGAGAAGGAGCUGGAGCUUGAGACACGACUGCGUCAGGAGCUCGAGGAGAGCAACAUCAGUGAGAAGCCGUGGGCGCUCAAAGGCGAGGUUCAGGCCGCCGACCGCCCCACCAACUCCGUGCUCACUGAGUACCUCGAGUUCAGGAGUGGAGCUAAACUUAGGCCCAUCAUCAACGAGGAACUGUGCGCGCGCAUUGAGCGCGUCAUCCUCGACAGGUUCCGCACCAAGGCCUUCAAUGACGUCGAGCGCAAGGCUAAGCUCGUAGAAAACCCAUUUGAAUACAAGAAGAAAAUGGUUCUUGAUCAGGAAAAAAGUUCUAAGAGCUUGAGUAAAAUCUACGAAGAGGAGUACCUCAAAAAGCAGCGAAUGGACACAGCCAAGAAAGCAGAGGAAGAAUUGCCCGAGCACAAAAAGAUCAGACUUGCAUACGAGGAGCUUGAGGGUUACUUGGACGCUCUCAGCAACGCGCACUACACGCCCAAAUUGAGAAACCCUGAGCUGAAGAUCGUGAGCAACCUGCCCGCCAUGCAGCUGGAGGAGAACACGCCUGUGGUCGCCAACGACAGCGACUUACUAGCGCCCCAGGAAAUUACAGUUCCUGUUCGAGGCCUACUGAAGGGUGACCUGGAGAAGACGAGUACUGACAAGAAGCGCGAGCGACGCCACAAGAAGCACAAGCAGCAUCUCAAGUUCACGGAGCAGGAGAAGAAAAUCAGUGCAAAGGUCAAGACUGCUGCCAGCACAGGCAAGAAGAUCGACGCUGACACCUCCGCUAAAGUUGUCAACGCUGCCCUUAAGACGGGACAAGUGAAACGGAUGGAUACGGCUGGAGCAACGGUCAAGUCGUCAUCGUCUUUCUUCAAGCAGUUAAGUGAACAACACAGCGUCGCUUCCAAACUGGCGUCUAAGAAGAGGAAACGAGACGACAAUAGAUAAAUGUUUACGACAAAGAAAUAUAUACCUGAUUAUGCCAUUAAA